AGCAAUAUACAUUAUGACAGUAGAGCUACAAUGGCAGAAGAAUUUAUAUGAAAAUUAUGGUCUACCGGAUAAUUAUACGGAUAGCUCAUUCUUAGAACAAUUACGCAAAAUAAAACCAAAUAAUGUAACAUUAAUCGAAGCAAUAACUUUCGGUGCCAGCAUAUGCAUUCAGCUAAAUAUUGUCAUUCUUUUUGUUAUUAUAUUUAUUUGGUUAUACAAUGAAUGGGCCAGCCCUGAUAUCAUAUUUGUAUUUGGGGUAAUAUUCACAAUAUUGGGUUAUUUUAUAUAUUGUUUGAAAGAGGCAAGUACUUUGAUAGAGUUCACAAAACAUGUUAGAACUGUAUUGAUUUUUCUUACAUUUGGAUAUAUUUUGUCACCUAUUUUGAAAACUUUAACGGAUACCAUCAGUACAGAUACAAUUUAUGCCAUGACAAUAUUAAUGUUUCUGGUGCAUUUAAUAUUUAGUAAGUAUGGUCCUUUACAGAUCUCUUUGUCUGAUUCUUUGUCCAUAACAUCUUCAAUAUUUGGCUCCUUAAUGCUAGCAUCCAGAUUGGCAUCUCCUUUACAUGCCUUUUCUCUUCUCACUGUAUCUGUUCAGUGUUUUGUUUUAUUACCAUUUUUAAUGCAUAAACUAACUAGCAAAAUACUGAUCUCAAGUCUUUUAACAUUGAAUACAUUAUAUUUUCUUCUACUAGUUUCACAAAUUCUUUCUUAUGUAUUUAUUGCAACUAUAGUAUUUUUACAUUUUAUUUGUCCUUAUUGGUAUGUAAGAUGCCAGAAGUAUAAAGAUAAUAUUUAUGGGCCAUGGGAUGAAGCUGUUAUUACUUCUUAGAAAAUAUUUAAUAUAUUUUCUUCCACUUAUUGUAAUAUAUGGAAUUGUAAAUUUAAAAAAAAGGCAUAUUAUAAAUAUUUAUUAUUAACACACAACAUAAUUUUAAUAUAGCAACAAAAC